GUUUCCCCCAGUGAAUCACCCUCAAUGACCACCAGCUGUGGGGCAGAAACCAGUUCAGUUAUUCCAACUCAGACUGAUUCCCCACAUAAGCCAGAUAUAGCAGUCUCAUUGGUCACCCCUUCUGCAGAGACCAGCCCAACUGUCCCCACAACACCUCCAGUUUUUUCCAAAAGUGUACCAGACACCAAACACUCAGUAGGCACCAGUCUUGGGGCAGAAGCCAGUUCAGCUGUUCCAACUCCAACUAUCUCCCCUGGUGUACCGGAUAUGGUGACCUCCCAGGUCCCUAGUUCUGAGACAGAUGCCAAUAUGACUAUUCCAAGUCUAACUCUUUCUCCUGGUGAACCAGCAACCACAGCCUUAUUGGUCACCCAGUCCAGUGCAAAGACAAGCACAAAUUUUCCUAGUUCAACUGCUUUUCCUCAUUUACCACCAGAGACCGUAGCCUCCCCAUCCAUCCGACCUGAGUUGGAGAUUAGUGAAGCUCUUCCAACUCAGACUGUUUUCCUCAGUCCAGAAGAAAUAACAUCCUUCACCACACCUGCAACUGAGACCAGCGGAGUUGAUCUAGGUCCAACUAUCUCAUUUGGUGUUCCUGCAGAAACAGCCUCACUCUCCACCCAUCUUGGCACAGACAUGAGCACAACGAUUUCAAGUUCAACUCUUUCCCCCAUUUUACUGGCGACCACAGGCUUACUGGCCACCAGCCCUGCAUCAGAUGCCAGGACAGGUAUCCCAACUUUGACUGCUGGUGAUCUUGGACCUGUCAGUACCCCUGCAACCACUGGUGAGCCUUACACCUUAACUUCCUGGGGCACAGAACCCUCACCACCUGUGACCUCAGGUGGACUCCCUGAAUUGUCCAAGACUGUGAUGGGGAACACUGUGACCUUGAUAGCAUCAGAGACCCCAACACCACCUAAAACCAGUCACAGAGAAGGACUGAGUUCAACAACUGUCCUGAAAACCACAACUCUUGAGACCACUAAUUUAGCUGUUACAGGUUCAGGCCCCAUCAUAGUAGAGACCACAACCACCUUCAAUACAUCAGCAGGAAGUCCCUUUGUCCCUGAGACCUCACCUGGGAUGUCCACCUUGACCUCUCUGAGUGUGGCUUCAGAAACAACUGCAGUUCCUUUCUUGAUGCCUUUUACUGUCAACUUCACCAUCACCAACCUGCACUACACAGAGGACAUGGAAAACUCGAGCUCUGAGAUAUUCAAUGCCACUGAGAGAAACCUGCAGCACCUGCUCGGGACUCUGUUCAAAAACAGCAGCAUUGGUUCCCUCUAUGCUGGCUGCAGGCUGACCUUGCUCAGGGCUGAAAAGGAUGGAACAAGCACGAGAAUGGACGUGGUCUGCACCUACCGCCCAGAUCCCACAGGCUUCAGGCUGGACAGAGAGUGGCUAUACUGGGAGCUAAGCCAGCAGACCCAUGGUGUCACUCAGCUGGGCCCUUACACCCUGGACAGGGACAGUCUCUGUGUCAAUGGUUAUAACUAUCAGUACUGGAUCCCCACCACCAGCACUCCGCUGACUUCUACAUUCUCUCCAGGACUCCCUGCAUCUCUGCCUCCCACCCCCAACUCUACAGCUGCAGGUGCGGGUCCCGCCCUGGUGCCAUUCACCCUCAACUUCACCAUCACCAACCUGCUCUGCACCCCAGACAUGAGGCGCCCAGGCUCCAUGAAGUUCAACUCCACUGAGAGGGUCCUGAAGAGCCUGCUUGGUCCCUUAUUUAAGAACACUAGUAUUGGCCCACUGUACUCUGGUUGCAGAUUGACCUUGCUCAGGACUGAGAAGGGUGGAGCAGCAACUGGAGUGGAUGCCAUCUGCACCUACCAUCCUGACCCCAUGGGCCGUAGGCUAAACAGAGUAGAACUGUACCAGGAGCUGAAUCAGCUGACCCACGGUGUCACCUGGCUGGGAACCUACACCCUGGACAGAGACAGUCUCUACGUUAAUGGUUAUAACCAUCAGUACUGGACACCUACCACCAAGACUCCAGUGACUUCUACAUUCUCUCCAGAAUCUUCCACAACUCUGUCCCCCAUCCUCAGCUCUACAGCAGUGGUCCCUUUCCUGGUGCCGUUCACCCUCAACUUCACCAUAACCAACCUGCACUACGAACAGGACAUGCAGCGUCCAGGCUCUUGGAAAUUCACCUCCAUGGAGAGGAUCCUGCAGGGUCUGCUCAAACCUCUGUUCAAGAACAGCAGUCUGGGAUUCCUCUAUUCAGGCUGCAGACUAGCCUCGCUCAGGCCUGAGAAGGAUGGGACAGCCACCAGAGUGGAUGCCAUGUGCGUGCAUCGCCCCGACCCUGAAGGCCCUGGACUGGACAGAGAGCAGCUGUAUUGGGAGCUGAGCCAGCUGACCCAUGGCAUUGCCCUGCUGGGCCACUACACCCUGGACAGGAACAGUCUCUGUGUCAAUGGUUUCACCCAUCAGAGCUCUGCACCCAUCACCAACACUCCAGGGACCUCCACAGUGCACCUGGGAACCACUGGGAUUCCAUCCUCCUUCCCCAGCUCCAGCCCCACAGGUUACACGCAUCAGGUCCUGACCUCCACCCCCAGCACCUCUACCAUCUCCCCAGCAACCUCAGCGACCCCCAUCCCUACCUCCACAGCCACUGGUCCUGCCCUGGUGCUGUUUACUCUCAACUUCACCAUCACUAACCUGCACCACCAGGAGGCUAUGAGUCACCCUGGUUCCUGGAGGUUCAACAGCACCCAGAGAAACCUACAGCGCCUGCUAGGACCCUUGUUCAAGAACACCAGUGUGGGCCCCCUGUACUCAGGCUGCAGACUGACCUUGCUCAGGCCUGAGAAGGAUGGGGCAGCCACUGGAGUGGAUGCCAUCUGCACCCACCGCCCUGACCCUGUGGGCCCUGGGCUGGACAGAGAGCAGCUGUACCAGGAGUUGAGCCAGCUGACCAAUGGCAUCACCAGGCUGGGUCCCUACACCCUGUACCCAGACAGUCUCUACAUCAAUGGUUACACCCGCCAGACCUGGGCCACCACCCCCAGCAGUUACACCUAUCCAGCUUCAGCCACCACCCCCAACACCACUGGUCCCACUCUGGUGUCCUUCACCCUGAACUUUACCAUCACCAACCUGCACUACACUGAAGACAUGGGGCACCCAUCUUCUUCCAAGUUCAAUUCCACUGAGAGGAUCCUCCAGCACUGGCUCAGGCUUUUGUUCAGUAAGACCAGUGUCGGCCCCCUCUACGCUGGCUGCAGACUGGCCUCGCUCAGGCUUGAGAAGGGUGGAGCCGCCACUGGAGUGGACAUCACCUGCACCAUCCACUCUGAUCCUGCAGGCCCCAGGCUGGACAAAGAGCAGCUGUACUGGGAGCUGAGCCGUGAGACCUAUGGCAUCACCCAGCUGGGGUCCUUCACCCUGGACAGGGACAGCCUCUACGUCAAUGGUUAUAACUAUGGAGCCAUAGCCCCGACUACCACUA